AUGGCUGCCCAAAGUUCGCAAGGAAUUCAAACUUUGCUAGAGGCCGAAAAAGGUGCCUCAAAAGUUGUUCAACAAGCCAGGAAUUACCGUGUUCAGCGUUUAAAAGAUGCAAGAGUCGAAGCUGCGAAAGAAAUUGAAGCAUUAAAGGAGCAAAAAAACGUUGAAUUUCAAGUCUUUGAAGCAGAGGCAAGAAACUGGCUUCAUUCCGGUUCAUCAGAUCAAUCAUCGGCCAGAGUCGCCGCCGAGACAGAAUUAAAACUUUCCUCUAUUCAGGAAGCUUUUUUAACAAAGAAAACUGUCGUAAUAGAAAAGUUAUUGACGGCUGUGACAACUGUUCAACCACAACUUCAUCGAAAUGUGAGAGUUGGUUAA